UGAACGCACGCAAGAUGCACUGUUUGGGGGCCUGGAUCCUUCUGAACGUCCUCCUCCUCCAGCUAGCACAUGGCAAACCCCUUUUAGACCAGGGCAAGUUACUCACGAGGGUAAACACUCGCGAAGACGCUGGUGAGCUCGGGAAGGUGGAGGGUGAUACUCAUUUCAACUUUAAAGCAUUCCUGGAGAAUUUGAAAGCCGAUUUCCUGAGGAGCUUGAAUUUGUCAGCCGUUCCAUCCCAAGAGAAGUCCCAAGAGGAGCCGCCCCAGUUCAUGAUCGACUUGUACAACAGAUACACCGAGGACAAGACUUCCAGCCCCAUCUCCAACAUUGUGCGCAGCUUCAGCCCUGAAGAUGUUUCUUCACUGGAAAUGAAACCAUUUCAGAAAUACAUCUUGCUAUUCAAUGUCUCCAUCCCACGGCAUGAAGAAGUCACCAGAGCUGAGCUAAGAGUCCACGUCGCCUGUCAGGAGGAAACCACGUGUUUGUCUCACGUUCAAGGAAAACUGACUGUUUACGAUGUCUUUGGAGGAGAUCGUGGGGAGCGGCUGAAAGGGCCCAAAUCCUUCCUGAUCUCCAAAGACAUCCAAGAAUGCGGCUGGGUGAUGUUUGACGUGUCUGGCGCCGUGGUGAGAUGGGUCAGAAGAGAAAAAACAAAGGCCAGAGAACAGCUGGAUAUUUCUGUGGAAAGUGAUGGGCCGAAUGACCCCGCUUGCGAGAGGUGGCGACUCAGCGUCAUGCCCGACUCUAACCAUUUGCCCCUGCUGAUAGUGUUCUCCAACGAUCAUAAUACCAGAAGCAAGGAGAACCACAUGGAACUCCAAGAGAUGAUGGUGCAUGAACAGGGGAGCAUGCCCAAGAAUCUGGCGAAGAACAACACAGCUCACAAACCCAGCACGGCAUCUGGCAAUGGAAUCCACCAACCCUCUACCAGAAGCAAACGUAGCGUUGAAAUGAACCACUGUCGGAGAACUUCCCUCCGGGUGAAUUUCAAAGACAUUGGCUGGAAUUGGAUCAUUGCCCCCCAAGACUAUGAGGCGUUUGAAUGCAAAGGGGGGUGUUUUUUCCCUUUGACAGAUAACGUCACGCCAACCAAACAUGCCAUCGUCCAGACCUUGGUCCACUACAAAAACCCCAAGAAAGCAUCCAAAGCCUGCUGCGUCCCGACCAAACUGGACGCCAUUUCCAUGCUUUAUAACGAUGACGCUGGGACGCCCACUCUGAAGUACCAAUACGAGGGGAUGAAGGUAGCUGAAUGUGGCUGCAGGUAG